UUGACCCAUCCUUAAAUCUUAAUUAAUGUCACUAUCUUAAUCUUUUUUUAUUAGAAACUCUAUUUAUCUAAAUUGAAAUCAAAUGAUUUAAUUUCUAAACUUCCUUUUUUUUUUCUUUUAGUUUUCUUUAAUCCACUUUUUUCCCGCCCCAUCCCUCAAUUAUCUAGGGUGUACUGCUGUGUUGAAUGCUCACUCAGUCGAGCACAAAGAGAGUGAAGCAGCCAGGAAAAAACCCACAUCAAAUUAUGGUUGCCUGAUCAAUUUUUAACCCUAAAAAUAUUUCUAUGAAUGUGGUAAUGAAAUGCAUCAAAUCAGGCAAUCGGACCAGUGAAGUUUAACAUUCACUUGUACAUUUGGUGAACUUCGUGAGGGUGGGAAAAUAGAAAUUAACGCAUAGGAUUGCAUUAUAAUGAAUACACAUAGUGUGUUGGAGCAUGCCCUCACUGAGAUCCUUCAUGUUCUCAACCCCUUACGGGAGGAUUUAGAAACGAGAAUGCAGAUAAUUGACGAGUUGCGAGAUGCUGUUAGUACUAUUGACAGUUUGAGAGGUGCGACAGUGGAACCAUUUGGAUCUUUCGUGUCUCAGCUUUUCACACGCUGGGGUGAUCUGGAUAUUUCUAUCGAGUUAUCGAAUGGAAAACAUAUUUCAGUUGCUGCCAAGAAGCACAAACAGAGUUUGUUGGGGGAGGUUCUAAAAGUAUUGCGGAAGACAGGUAGAUUUAGCAGGUUGCAGUUUGUAUCUCACGCAAGAGUACCUAUUUUGAAACUGGAGAGCAGAUAUCAUCAGAAUGUCUCUUGUGACAUUUCAAUUAACAACUUGUCGGGGCAGAUGAAAUCCAAAUUUCUACUAUGGAUCAGUCUUAUUGAUCGACGUUUCCGUGAUAUGGUUUUGCUGGUUAAGGAGUGGGCAAAAACAAACAAUAUCAAUAAUCCAAAAACUGGGACCUUCAACUCAUAUUCACUGUCAUUACUUGUCAUCUUCCAUUUUCAGACAUGUGUUCCAGCAAUUUUGCCUCCAAUCAAAGACCUGUACCUUGGGAACAUAGCUGGUGAACUUAUAGGGGUGAGGGCUGAUGUAGAACGACGUAUCGAGGAAGUAUCGUUCAGCAAUAUUACUAAAUUUAGAAGAGAAAGGAGAGUUAAUCACAGUAGUCUGUCUGAGCUCUUUACUUCCUUUCUAGGAAAGUUCUCGGACAUUGGUAAUAGGGCAACCGAGCAAGGCAUCUGUACAUAUACUGGGCGAUGGGAAGACAUCUAUACGACGACUAGAUGGCUCCCUAAAACAUAUGCCAUAUUUAUUGAAGAUCCCUUCGACCAACCUCAAAAUACCGCAAGAGCAGUUAACAGCAGUCAGUUGACAAGAAUAUCCGAAGCGUUCUCAAACACAUACCAUAGGAUUAUUGCUCCAAAUCAAACUCGGAAUACUCUUAUUCCCUUUCUCGUGAGGCGUGAAAUUUCUCAUUUUUUCCCGGUUGCAGCAUUUAUGAAUCCAAUGCACUCAAGGACCUAUCGAAAUUCCCACCAUUCUGGCGAUCAUGCAUCCUCAAAGUUUCAGAAGACACGACAACGGAGAAACCUCAACGAUACAGAUCCGCAAAUAGCCAAGCAAGCAUCUCAAGGACAAAGACCUUGGAAUCGACCCAAUAAAAUGGCUAGAGAAGCUACCAGGCCAUCUGAAGGGCAAAAACCGAAGUUGACACACACACUACAGACAGCCCAACCUAACAAUGUGACUUCACAGCGACCUGUUAAGCCAUCAAAAGGCCAACCCCAGCAAGUUUGGCGGCCUAAACAAUCCGAUAUUUAGCAGUUACAUGUAUAACUUCUUUUCGUUAUGUGGCUGUCAUAACUUCAUGGUAUUUUUUGUGUCAUCUCACAAUCAAGGACUCUGUAAACUGGAGUUCGAAAUGAAUUAGCCAUCUAGUCGACUCGAGGCACAGCCAUCAAGAUGAAUCACUUGGCAGUGUCAAAAGCAUUCCAAUUUAAUCAUGUUAGCUUAACUUUGGAAGUGUUCGUAAUUGCCAUGGAAAAUUUUAAUCUUCCAAA